AUGUCUUUGACUAUUGCUGCAAAGGCACCUUUCAUUGCUUACUCGGCAAUUAUUGCCUCAGAAUUUGAGUCUGCCGAAUCUUCUCCUAUUACUGUCGACUUCGUGGAUGACAAGGCUGUCGAGAAGGAUGCCACUGCCAAAUUGGUCGUGGGUGACAAGACCUACGUUGGAGAAUCUGAGGUCUUGAAGGCUUUUGGUUCCUUGGUGCCUUCCAUCACCAAGUCCAGCGAUGCUUCUGCUUCUUGGGUCCAGUUUGCCUUGGAAAAAUUGGCCAACAAGAACUUUAAAGCUUUAGCCACCGACUUGGAGGAGUUGGAUGCCCACUUGAACUUUAGAUCAUUUGUUUUGGGCUACAGCUUCUCGUUGGCUGACAUUGCCAUCUGGGGUGUGUUGAGAGCCAAUGCUGUGAUGGGUUCCGUCAUCAAGAAUGAGGUUUACGCCAACAUUUCCAGAUGGUACAACUUCGUUGGAUCUGACAGCAGAUUCGAUGUUGCUGAUAAGACCACCAAGGCCAUUAAUGAAGUGAGAAAGUCAGCUAAGGCUGCCAAGGGUGAAAAGAAGGAGACACACAAGGCCAGUUUUGCUAUUGACUUGCCAAAUGCCAAGAUUGGUGAGGUUGUCACUCGUUUCCCUCCAGAGCCUUCUGGAUACUUGCACAUUGGACAUGUCAAGGCUGCCAUUUUGAACGAAUACUUUGCUCAUGAGUACAAGGGUAAGUUGAUCAUCAGAUUCGACGACACCAACCCAUCCAAGGAGAAGUCCGAGUUCCAGGACUCUAUUAUUGAGGAUUUGGCAACCUUGGGUAUCAAGGGAGACAAGGUCACCUACUCGUCCGACUACUUCGACCAGAUGUACGACUUAGCCAUCAAGAUGAUCAAGGAGGGCCAUGCUUACUGUGACGAUACCCCAUUGGAGCAAAUGAGAGAGGAAAGAAUGGUGGGUGAUGCCUCCAAGAGAAGAGAUAGAUCUGUCGAGGAAAACUUGCAGAUUUUUACCGAGGAGAUGAAGAACGGCACUGAGACUGGCCUCAAGAACUGUUUGAGAGCCAAGAUUGACUACAAGGCUCUUAACAAGGCAUUGAGAGACCCGGUUAUCUACAGAUGCAACUUGACUCCUCACCACAGAACCGGCACUCAGUGGAAGAUGUACCCAACCUACGACUUCUGUGUUCCAGUGGUUGAUGCCAUUGAGGGUGUCACUCACUCUUUGAGAACCAACGAGUACAGAGACCGUAACCCUCAGUACGAGUGGAUCCAGAACACCUUAGGCUUGCGUCACGUUGACAUUUGGGAUUUCGGUAGAGUCAACUUUGUUAGAACACUUUUGUCCAAGAGAAAAUUGCAGUGGUUUGUCGACAAGGGCCACGUUGGCAACUGGGAUGACCCAAGAUUCCCUACCGUCAGAGGUGUCAGCAGAAGAGGUAUGACUGCUGAGGGUUUGAGAAACUUCAUUCUCUCCCAGGGUCCUUCCAAGAAUAUCAUCAACAUGGAGUGGUCUUCCAUUUGGGCUUUGAACAAAAAGAUUAUCGACCCUAUUGCUCCAAGACACGUUGCUGUGGACGUCAAGGACGCUGUUCCAGUGACCCUUUCUAACGGUCCUGCCGAGCCAUUCUCUGAGGACAAACCUAAGCACAAGAAGAACCCAGAUGUGGGAACCAAGAAGGUGAUUUUUGCAAAGGAUGUCCUCGUUGACCAGGCCGAUGCUCAAACUUUUGCCGAGGGUGAGGAGAUCACUUUUAUGGACUGGGGUAACGUGAUCAUCAAGAAGAUUAACAAGGAAGGUGAUGUUGUCAAAUCCAUUGAUGCCGAGUUGCACUUGGAGGGUGACUUCCGCAAGACCGAGAAGAAGGUCACCUGGUUGGCUAACACUUCUGACAAGGUGCAAGUCAAGUUGGUUGACUUCGACCACUUGAUUACUAAGGACAAGUUGGAGGAGGGUGACAACUUCGAGGAUUUCCUUACUCCUGAGACCAGAUUUGUCAGCGAGGCCUUUGCCGAUGCCAACGUCAAGUCAUUGAAGAAGGGUGACACCAUUCAGUUCGAGAGAAAGGGCUACUACAAGGUCGAUGAGGAUCUUUCUACUGGCAAGGAGUUGAUUUUGUUCACCAUUCCAGACGGUAAGAAGAAGUAA